GUGCUACCUGCUCGCAGGUAAAGAUGAUGGCGGCAGUGAACGAGAACUUCGAGAAGUAUGAGUGGAAAAUAUCGAGGAGUGUUCGAUAUUUUAACAGGAUUUCUGUUUGGUGCCAGUACUGUUAAACUUUACUACGAGAGCAUCUCCGACGUGGACGAUCCAGAAUCCUUUAUUUUUCGUCAAAAUCAGAAAAAGAUCGAGGAGAUUUAUUCUCAGCAUGAUAAUCUUACGUCGGGGAAGAAUGACAGAAUAAUAAAACCUACCGACAACAAUGCAGACUUCUUCCAUGAAGCCUUGCGGUAUGGUCAGCCAUUGAGCAUUCCAGCAAUUAUACCAUACAAGAACCAUGUUUUAGCAUAUGAUACAACAAGAAAAGUUCCAUUGUGGGUAGCAGAACACUUGACAAAAGACAAGUUAACGGUUAAGAAUACACCUGCUGAAAGAAACAGGACAACCUUUAAACCUGAUCCCAGCAUUCCAAUAUUGCUCCAAGGAAAGAAUGAUGAUUAUCUUAAAAGUGGUUGGACACGUGGACAUUUGGCGUCAGCAGGCAACAACAGAUCAGACCAAGCAGCCAUGAAUGAGACAUUUUUUCUAUCAAACAUUGUCCCUCAAAAUUACAACAAUGCCAAUUUCUGGUAUAGAAUGGAGGCAUUUGCUCGUCAUCUUACCAACUGCUUUUCUGAGGUAUAUAUCAUUUCUGGUCCAUUAUGGUUGCCAUGCCACCAAGAUGGAAAGAAGAUUGUGAAAUAUGAGGUUAUUGGCGAAAGCAAUGUGGCUGUACCAACUCAUCUAUUCAAAGUAAUAUUGACGACAAAUUCACGGGGAAUGGUACCUAAUAUAGCUGCUUUUGAAGUCCCAAACUCUCCAAUCACGAGCGAGCGGGACUUGAAGAGUUUCCAAGUUCCAUUAGAGAAACUUGAGAAAGACGCUGGCUUGCGUUUCUUUCCGUUGAUUAGGAAAUAUGAGAACUUGUGUGAUACAACGAGCUGUGAGUUGAUAUCUCAAGAGAUGAUGGACAUAACGUUGUUAAAAAGACAGAUAAAUAGUGCAAAAACACUCGAACAACUAAAUCUACUUUGGCGCUCAACAAAAACAAAUAAGAGCAACCUUAAAGCACUCUACGAGAAAAAAACAAUGGAAUUGAAAAACAAGGAUCUUACAUCAAGCUAGUUGGUAGUUUAUUAAAUGAGGCGAAUGUAAAAACUUGCUAAAUAUAUUUCCCUAUUCCUAAUGGUACUAAUUUUUCCAUGAAAUUUAUGAAAUUUAUAAACUCUUCGGAGAAAAAGAUCACUACAUGAUCAUAUCAUUAUGUAACAAUAAAUAUUUAAAACUAUCUU